AUGGUGAAUCCGUGUACCCCGGCUCCCACGUACUGGUCGCCGGCCGGCCCAGAUGCCCCCGGAGCCGUAACUCGCUCCAUGGACACGCUCGAGAACUUCUACAAGCUGCUCGCCGACAGCAGCUCCAAGCUCAACCGGGAGCACUGGGCCCUCACCAUGUCCUUCCGCCUCGCCUUCCCCGCCUCCCUGGGCGAUCCCUUACCAUACCUCAGGCGUACCUGGCUCGCCGUCCGCCAUCUGCAUCCGGGUAUCGGCUCCACAGCGCCGCCUACCGACCCGGCCGAUCUUACCUCCAAGGUGGCCCUGACCGUGCCACCCUUGGACCCGGAGGCCUGGUUGGCCAAGUCCUUCGUGGCCCACGACGACACCACCCUCGUCGAGGACGACGCCACCGCGGCCCUUUCGCUCCGUCCCACCGAGACGGCUACCCUGCACUGGGUCCCCGCCACGAGCACGAUCGUCUUCCGCUCGUCGCACUGGCGCAUCGACGGCAUGGGCAGCAUCAUGCUCGCCCACGCCUUCAUGACCACCCUGGUCUCGGUGCUGCGACGGGGGCUCGACGCCGAUCUCUCGGCCCACGCCUCGCCCGCCGCCAACGGGUCCCUGACCCCCAGCCUCGACGACAUCGUCCGCUCCCCCGCCGACGAGGCCUCCACCCCAGAACGCCUGAAGAAGGCAGCCGACAGCCUGAUCGCCACCUUCCUCAAGGGGCUCCCCACCGUCGGGCUCCCGACCAUCCCCGGCUCCGAACACGCUACCCCGGGCCCGACCGCGCGGGCCCAAGUCUCCCUCGACCGCGCCACCACGGCCGCCGUGCUCGCCGCCUGCAAAGCCCGCGGCUUCACCGUCACCUCCGCCAUCCACGCCGCCCUGCUCCGCGUCGUGGCCCGCCACCCGCAACACCCGCUCGCGAAGAACUACGCCGCCUUCGUAGCCACCGACAUGCGCCGCCGCCUCGGCGCCCCCUGGGACGGCGUCCCCUACGCCGUCGGCAUGUUCAGCUCCGGCGUGCCCGUCUGCAUCGAGGGCGCCCAGGAGGAGGAGGAGGACAAGCCCUUCGCCCGCCUAGCCGCCGACUUCCACGCCGUCUACAGCCAGGACCUGGCGCGGCUGGGCGUCGACGACCGCGGCGCGCCCUUCAGCAUGCAGGACAUCGUGGCCCCUUACGUGCGGCGGACCACCAAGCUCUUCAUGACGACCCCGGUGCCCGGGGGCACGAUGCCGCCGAUCCAGAACCCGGACCUGAGCUCCCUGGGCCCCGUGGAGACCGUCCUGCGGCGCAGGUACGUCUACGCCUGCGGCGACGAGAGGAUCGAGGUCACGGACUUUUGGCUCGGGGUCGAGAUGCUCUCGCGCGCGCUGCAGUGCCAUCUCUGGACGUUCCGCGAUUCCCUCACGUUGCAGGGCUGCUUUAACACGAGCUUUUACGAGAAGGAUUUCGUGGCCGGGGUGCUGGGCCAGGCCAUGGAGGAGCUGCUCGCUGGGCUUGGACUUGCCUGA